AUGGCUCGAUUGGCGUUGUGUGUACUGGCUCUCCUGGUGGCCGGGGCUCUCUCGAGUCCCGAUCGGUCCAAUGUCUCACCGAAAGUUGCGGAUCCAGUUUUCCUGCAACGCCAAGUUGAUUUGAUGAUCUUGUUCUUCCAUCUCCAUGAACCUAAUCAUCCCGAAUCUUGGAAGCAAAUUUCAAAGUCCUGGAGUCUCGAAAAGAACAUCGAACACUUCAGCAAUGUAACUGCUGUGACCACUUACAUAGAAAUGUUGGAGCAUAAAUGGGUACUUCCUCGUGCUGUACCUUUCUCCCUUCUUGAAAGCGCGCACAAGUUUGAAGCAGUCACUCUUUACAAUGUGUUGUACUCUGCUAAGGACUAUGAUUCUUUCUACAAGACAGCCGUAUACCUUAGGGAGCGUGUCAACGAACAUCUCUUUGCUUAUGUGCUCGGUGUUGCAAUUGUGAACCGCCCAGACACGCAAGGAAUUUACAUUCCCCGUUUGCACGAGGUCUUCCCAUCUUACUACAAUAACGGAGAAAUCCUUACGACGGCACAAAGGAUAAACACACAUGGACAUCGUUUGGUUGAAUCCUACCCUUCUACCUACAAAUGGGACCACAACGUAGUCAUUAGAUGGAAUGCCACUAUUUGGCCUUACUCCAAUGACCACAGCACCCCUGUUGCCUAUUUUACCAAUGACUUUGGUCUUAACACAUAUUACUACAACUACCAUCUUGCUCAACCCAGUUGGCUGCAUGGCGAAGUUCUUCCAUUGCACAAAGGACGACGUGGAGAAUGGUUCUGGUUCGUACACAAGCAGAUAGUUGCUCGUUAUUACAUGGAAAGGCUGUCCAAUGGUCUUGGUGAGGUCCCUGAACUUGGACACAACAUUGUUAAGGAAGGGUACAACCCAGGUCUCUUGUACCACAAUGGCAUUGCUUUCCCAGUGAGACCCGAUUACUACCACCUAGACAGGCCUGUGUUGGUUCAUGCUUUGCAAAAAAUUGACGAUUAUGAACGUCGUGUUCGUGACGCCAUCGAACAGGGUUACGUACUUAACCAUCUCGGUGAACGUAUUGACAUCAGCUCUCCUGAGGCUAUUGAAAUCCUGGGCAGCGUAAUUGAAGCAAACGUUGAUUCGCCAAAUCUUAAAUACUACAAUGACUUCAUCAGCCUAUGGAAAAAGGUUUUGGGUAAUUCUAUUGUCCACGAACAUCAGUAUCACCACCACGUUGUGCCUUUGGUCGUUCCCUCUGUACUGGAGCACUACCAAACUGCCCUACGUGAUCCUGCUUUCUACAUGAUCUGGAAGCGUGUCUUGGGACUGUUCCAAUUGUGGCAAGAGAAACUUGCUCCCUACAAGCGUGAACAGCUUGCUGUGCCCCAAGUGGCUAUUGAGAAGGUUGACGUUGAUAAACUGGUGUCAUUCUUUGAGUAUAACUAUUUGAACAUUUCUUCUUUCUUGCACAUGAAUGAAGAAGAAGCCAAAGAAUUAUACGAUCAAGUGAGCGUGUUGGUACAGCAUCCAAGAUUGAAUCACAAGAAAUACCAAGUACGAGUACACGUUAAGAGUGAAGUUGCUAAGACCGUUCUAGUUAAGUUCUUCUUGGCGCCCAAAUACGACAGCCACGGCUAUGAGAUUCCUCUCCACGUUAACUCCCACAACUUCUUGCAAAUCGAUGAAUUCGUCCAUGAUUUACCCGCGGGAGAAUCUGUAAUUGCUCGCGACUCUGUUGAUACCAGCAAAGUCUGGGACACCGCCAACAAUGUAUACUACGCUUUUGAGAAAUCCCUGCAGGGACGCGUCGGUGGCAUGCCUUUCGUUUUGAUGGUCUACAUUUCCGACUACCGCGCACCCAAGGUUCCUCGCGAGCCUACCAAUGUUUCUAAGGUGUCUCUUGGUCUUACGAUCGUUGCUCGUCAACUGACCGAUGACCCACUUGGCUUCCCAGUCAACAGGCCUCUCUACCCCUGGCAGGUGGAAGGUGUCAAGAACAUUUACUUCCAGGAUGUCUUGAUCCAUCAUAAACAUACUCCAGAGAUUGUCAUUCCUCACAUGGAAUGA